GGUUUACACCCGUACCUGCCCGCCCACCGCAGUGGGACGAUCCCGGUGCAUCCACGAGCCGAGCGCUCCUCCGGCGCCCAGCUCACACACCACCGAGAUUACCGGAGCUUGCACGCGCGGACACGGAGCGCGACACGCGGGCUCCAGGUACAGAACGAGAAGGACUGGACCUCUGUCUAUCAAACUCUGAAGUGCCCCGGUGCCAGCUGUAUAGGUCAACCCAACCGUAACGCCACAGGACAAUAGAAGCCCAACCCAGAGACGGCUAUCAAAAAGCAAAUAAUCAAGCUCAUUAGCUCUCUUCCCCCCCUAGAUGACCUCCUCUGAAAAGAUCAACAGAAGAAAGGAACUAAACGAGGAGGAAAGAAAUGCACUGGCAGCUAUUUCUGAUGCUCUGUGGUGAAGAGAACAUCUCAUUUGGGAUUUAAGGAUUGCGGAAAAAGGAUUUCCCCAUGCCCUGCCCAUUUAUCCCAAUGCCUAUAUAAAUAUUGCAUGGAGAUAUCAAAUCGUCCCUUUUCCAAAGAGCCUAAUUAUAACAAAAAUCUCCAGUCUGUUGCCUAAACCUCCUAGAUUCUCAGAAUGCCUAAAUAUCUAUAUUCAUAGGGGUCCUAUAUUUGGAUCCCUAAAAUUUUGAAACACCUCAGAUCUCAAAGAAGGAUCAAACUGGUGGUUUGCAAGUUCCUUGUCUGUUUUUGGGCAAGGCAGCUGCUUUGUCCUUUCUAUUUGGAUGCAUUUUACUCCAAAAUGAAGCCUUUAACUCCCAUUGGUUCACCUUCUCCGCUGCGGCUCCUGAACAAGGGGCCUGAUUACCUGCGCAGGCAGAUGGAUGCCGGAAGCAGGGGUCGUUCCGUCAGUGCCGUAGAGCGACUGGAAGCCGACAAGGCAAAGUACGUCAAGAGUCAACAGGUCAUCAAUACAAAGCAGGAGCCUGUGUUAGUUCCUUGUGCGACUCCUCCACCGGUGCCCCGUCGCAACUUUACAGUGUCUACUCCUUCAACGCCCGUUCUCCCGGCUCGGAAUCAAACGGUGCCUUUCUCUGCACCACUGCUCUCUCGGGACGAAAACGAGGACGACUCCAGGAAAGAGAACUGUCGGAACGAAACCGAUGUGGAAACCAAGAACCGCAACAACACAAACAAGCCUCCCGCACAUUCUCCAAGAACUCCAACCAUUGCUCCAUUAGUUGCUCCGCAUAGUGCGCCGAUAAUGCGCAGGAGCAACGGCAAACGCAUGCUGCGUCCAGACUCCCUGGUUAUUUACCGACAGAAGAAAGAGUGCAAGAGUGCCAGCGGAGGUGGAGAAAAUGCGAACUUAGAGGUCAAGGGAUACAGCUUCGUACGACGGCUCUUCCAGGGAUCCAUGCGCGAAAAGAGCGGUGGGAAUGAGGCUCAAAAAAUGGUGAUAAGCGAGGAGAAGGCUGCUUCUUCUCGAGACGGGGAUUCACGGAUGUCCUGGUCCAAUGAUAAAGACACAGUCGACGGUGGGAAUGAGACAAGGCGAUCAAGCAAAUCCGAGCGAGAACAUUCGAUGCACGAGACGCAAAACGAUAACACUGGUUUUCAGGAGAAGCAAUCGAAGAACUGCAUGAUCAACUGCAUGACCAACAAUAACGACAUGGACCCAUGGAAGCCAGUUGUUCCUCAGAUGCGGUCCGAUUUGAAACGCUCCAAGUCAGAAUUGCGACUACGCUGCUCGCUAGCCAUGUCCGAGCAGGAACGCUUCUUUGACUACUGUGGACUGGACCUGGAUAUGGUGGAAAGGCUCGGACCGGAGAACUUUCUGAAUGGUGCCAGUUCAGUUGACACGCUCUCGCUGCUACUGAGGAGCGUCGGAGGCGGGGGCUCGGAGCCCAGCGAGUUUUCCCGACACUCCGGAGAAGGGAUUUUUCAGGAAGAGCUUGCCGAGCAGAUCCCUACAGGUGUGUCUAUUAUCGAGAGAAAUGCACGGGUCAUAAAGUGGCUCUACGGUUGCAGGAACGCAGCCCAGGAGGGUCCUAAAGAGUCUACUGUUUGAUUAUCACGGUAACUAAACCCGAGACUUUCUGGAGCCGUGUUCCAAUAUGAAAAACUAUGCUGUAUUUAUUUCACACAAGACGUUGUAUUUAAGAGAUUUGUUUGGCUCUUCACAACCAGUACGAGAACAUAUGUGUUAUUUUGUGUAAGUCACAUAUGAAGCUGACACUUCCUUGAUUUCAUGACCUACACUGUGGCUUUGUCGAAAUCGCCCCCUAUACCCUCAUUCACUAUUCCCAACAUUAGUUUACUAAUAUAGUCCACUCGAAGGAGUGGAUGAAAACAAAUGGUUACACUUUAUUUUGAUAGUUCAUUUUAGACAGUCUGCUAACUAUAUGUAACUUUGUAACUGCAUGUCAACUACACGCCAAAGAUUAAUUUUUAUUUUGCAACUACAUGUCCACUAACUCUCAGAGUAGACUGUUAGGUUUAGGGUUAGUGGAAUAAGUUGGCAUAUACUUGCAAAGUUUCCACCCAUCAAAAUAAAGUGUUAGAAGUUAUAUAGUCUACUACUUCUCUAAUGACUGCUAGCAGGCAUGCAGUGGUAAAGUUACUUACUGUUAGUAAAAUGUCUAAACUGGACUAUCAAAAGAAAGUGUUACCAAACAAAUGAGUGAAUUUGGAAACCAAAUGCGGUUGUGGACUAACGAGACCCAGAUAUUCAUUUGCCACAUUACUUACAUUGCAUGGCUCUAGCAGUCUGUACGCUUAUUAUUACGGUGCAUUACGGGAUUGAUUGAGUGCACUCAAUAAUGUCCACUACGGUUUCAGACGAGUGUACUAUAGAGUGUAGGGGGCGAUAAUGAUGUAUAUUAAGCAAUGUCAUCUCCUACUCUCUGUAAAUAGAAAUAAUCAUGAGUCCGUCCUGUUACGAGCGUUAUUUGUUGAGUGUAACUUAAAGAAGUGUCAUCGGAUUAAUAAUUUAACAUUGAAAACCACUAAGCUUUUUCUCUGGGGCUGGGAAACCGAUGCAUGAGUGUUAAAUGAACCAUGUGUACCUCAUUUCCCAACCGUCCCAGUUUAGUUUGUGUGUUGCCUCUUUUCCUUAAACGCAGGCGUUGGAACAAACACACAGAGGACCCCUGUGGGGAUAUUAAUGCACUGAAUUGGAGAAGGAGCGAGAGCUAUAUAUACUGCUAUGAAACGUAUUUUUAACACUGAGUGUAUGCAAAGAAAAAAGCAGGGCCUUAAAAAACAACCUGAUUUUGAGAUUUAUUAACGUAUGCCAAAGAAAUGUGCUGUGUACUGAUACGAUGCGCUCCAAACCCUAUCGAGCUGCCUUGAGAGAAUGACGUUCAAAGAGUUUGAUAUUAGCAUUUUGCUAAGCUAAUAACUUGAGAAACAUUGGCUGAAAACUGCAUGUUUUUAGUAAUAUUUUUACUAAAUAUUAGUGUUGGGAAGGGUACUGUAAUAGAUACAAAUGUAAUAGAUUACAAGUUACCCCAUGUAAAAUCUAGUUUAUUUUGAUUACAUUUUAAAGUAAUGCAACUGGUUACAUUGAAUUACUUUUUGACGUUUGAUUACUUCUGUAAUUUUCUAAUUUAUAACAAAAUGUUUUCAAUCAUUUUGAAACAUUUAUAGCAGACAACACCGAUUAGUCAAAAUAUAUCUUCACUAGAAUUAAAGCGAUAGUUUAACUUUAAAGCACAGCCAUCACAAAAAUCUGAAAUAAAGCGUAUAGAUGAACCCAAAUAGGAAAUAAAAAAGUUAUCAAAUAAGUAUGUGUCCUAUUCUGUCUCAUUGGUGUAUUUUAGAGCAGUCAAUGCAUUCUGGCAAAGAAAUCAAUCAGACCUCUAUGUGUGUGAAAAUAUUCAUAACUCUAAUUGUCAAUUUACUCAUUAACUAACAAAUUUAAUUUACAUGUAUUUUGUAAUUAAAUUACGUAAUCGCUUUACAUUUAACCACUGCCUCCCCAACACUACAUAUAUUUUUCCCUGUGCAUUUUAGAAUUGCCUUUUUAGCAAAGGAUGCACGUGCAAAUUUGAUUUGGGCCAAAAUCCUGUCGUACACGGUAUCACGACUGUGCUCCAAGCAGCAAAUAUCAAUGUCUGAAAGGGGACCAAAAGUAAAAUUUGGUAGCCGCUCACUAGGGUUUGGAACAACCAUUCGUCUUCCCCCCCAACUGUUUUUCACAAAUGCCUACAAACGGGCCGUUUUCAUUUCCACACUGCAUCUGCACCACAAGCAUUCUUCAGCACGCGCUUGAUCUCGCUGUUUCUGUCUUUAACUCACAAAAGCUCAGCAUUUAGCGAAGUAGAAGAAGACGUAACAGUGAGACCCUGCGGGGCAGACGCGCUCCCAGUGCGUUUUCGUGUUGAAGGAGACCCUUGAAAACCGAAAAACCAUCUGAACUCAUCAAUCAGACACAGAUUCUUCUUUGUCGUAAUGAAGCCCCGGUCAGAGGCAUUAAUCAGUCUCUAUGAUACCACUGAUAAAUGAAGCAAAAUUUGCCGUGGCGUGAAAAAGAACUGUGUUUCAUCCCCAACGUCCAAGAUGCAUUCAGUCUUCCGGAGCGCCUGAAAUCUUUCCUUCUUCUUGCAUGUUUACAGUCUACCUGCAUAUGUUUCUAUAAACAAGAAUUUUACAUUUCAACCCAAAGAGAUAUUACAGAAAAAGUCCUAAUAAAAUCCUAUUUCUGAA